ACUUCAGUCUGAGUUGUUAAAGCAAAUUCACAUCGAGUAACAUCACUGGUAGGAUACUUGAAGCUAAAUGUCCAGCUGGACUGGUAUCUGCAACAAAAGAGAGAAAUUGAUAAAAAUUAAUGAAAUCAGGGGGGGCUGGCAGCGAGGUCUGGAACCGAGUUUACAUGAUCGCCCCAGUUAAGAAAUUCGGCCGAGUGAGACUGAGUACAAAUUUUCCUUGAAAACAAAUAUGGCGGAGAAUGGGGACAUGGAAGGACGAUGAGUUUUUGCUCAGUUUUAAGUCUUCCCGCGCACAAAUAUCAAGAAAAGGUUUCUAUGAACUUUUUUUAAUGGACUUUUUGGACAUCAGGAGGCGUGAUCUAUGAACAGUUCAUGGGUGACUUCACUUAUCGUGAUUCGGGAUCUCGGCAAGUUCAGUUAUAAUUUUCGAGCAACCAUCUUGCUCUAAUUCUUAUAUUUUUCCACUUGCAGUGGUAUUAAGACUCUCUUCCUAAUCUUAAACACAUGCUACGGGCACAAUAUAUUGGUAUGAGUCUUGCAACAGUCAUAUGUGAAUGUUCAUUAAACCACUGAUUUUCUACUUCGCUGUUCGUAAGUUUGUUUGUGUACACCGGGAGGUACAACAAAUAUUUAUGGGCGUAAAUACAGAAUACAGGGCCAAUUUAGUAAAAACCAGGGUAAAUGUUCCAAUCACUUUGCUUCACAUAUACUGGGUCUGUCAGUAUAAGCUAUUUUUAAUAUCAGAAGGCUGGGAGGAGUUUACUGAACCUUCAAAACCUUCACUGGAAUGUCAUUGGAGUGAUAAUCAAUAAAUUUCCAACAGUAAAACCGUAUUUAGUAGUUUUGUAUUAGAUAGUGACUUCGGUUUCAAGUAUUUCCUUGAAAUUGUUGGUACAAAAAUUACCCAUUAUUUAUGAAUUAUAAUACUUGAAAUGAUUAUAGUGGUUUAGUGUAAGAAGAAGAGGCUAAUUCAGUUGCUAAUAAGAGUGAGUACAUCAGGAAAGAGUAUGCGUUGAGAAAAUCCCUUAAAGGACUGAAGUACAAGAAACAGAAAAAAGAAAACUGAAUGUUUUGCAAAGUUUAUAAAGAGAAUCAGAAGAGGCUUGAAAAAUACACAACUUAAGUUUAUUGUUUGUGUAAGUUAUGAAUCUGAUUUACAACUAAAUUAUACCAGGUAAAAUUGAUUUUUUAUCAACCAUCAAAAGAAGUUAUUGUCGGGCUUGAGCCCUAUCCUCUCAGCAGUUCUUUCUAUGAUACUGCCCUUAGUGUAUUUGGUCUAGAUGGGUAUGUGCUGCUUAUUUAGGGUGGUGACCAUUUCACCCUUUAGAGUUUUAAACAAGGUGUCUGUUUGGGUUGUGAAGGUUGAAGAAGCAGCGGUCUAUAGAGUACAGUCUAUUGGUACCACCAUUUCCCCCCCAAGUUUUGCCAUGUUUCUAAGUUUAAAAGCUACCAUAAUUCUGUAUGCUAAAGGAAAUGAAUCAGGAUUAUAAAUAAGGUCUCUUGGCUUAUAAAGGGUAGGGAAAUGCCCAAUGUGUCCUACUACCCAUACUCUCUUUCAGUGUAAGCCCAGGGAGGUGAUCUCACAUUUUAAUACCCUUUUACCACUUGUUGUAACAACAAAGUCAGUGAAGGUUUAUGGUCUCUGAAAAAUAUUUUUCCAGCCUCAACACAAGUUUCUAACUGUUAUUGUUGACUGCAAAUAAUAUUAUCUUAAUAAUCAUUUUACAUUUUUUUUUUCCAAGGCAUCAUAUGGUGUUUUCAAUAUCCACUAGUACAAGGCAAUUUUUAAGUUGAGAGGGUUUACUUUGAUUUCAUUAACAGUAAACUACAUUUUUACACAGACACAAACUAACCUGGCAGGUUGAUGUCCAAGGGUGUAAAACAUUACAUGCAAUUAUAUUGCAAAAACUGAUCACAGUGGCCAAAGGAAAGGCAAAAAUACAAAUGUCAUCAUUUUUUAAAUUUUAUAAAUUCCCUAUGAAGCAUAUUUAGCCAGAUGUAGUCCUUGUCAAAACAUGCAAACUUGAACAUUUAUUUUUUGACCUUAGCUAAUCUUUUUUUAACCAUACUCUUGUUCCAGUGGGUAGUGUAGUUUUUGGAAUAAAAUAUUUACAAUUUUUCCCUCUUUGUUUGCAACAAAACACAAUUGAAUGAGGACUCAAACUGAAGGCAGUGUAGUAACUGCUUUCAUGAAAAGAGAAUUCCAAACACACAAAAUAAUUACCCUUUCAUUUGCCUAUAUCAUUUCUUAGAAUCUACCGUAAAGUUUAAAUUAAGUCACACGAAGAUAAGAACUUAAGCAUAUCAAGAGUGAAAUCAAUGAUCUCUUCGCAGAAUUUAUUUAGCUUCUUGUACAUAAAAAAAAUACAUGAACUACGAGAUUUGACCAUCUGCCACUCAAUCAUCCAAGGCAACUCUGCCAGGAUAAGUUCACAAUCAAGGAUGAAGAAUUAAGGAUCUCAAUCAUAAUUUCUUUUCGUCUUAAAGGUGUAAUGAAACCGUAAACAAGUCUGACAACUCUUCUACUUGACCACGGCCACCGCGCUUUUUUAAAUAUCACGACGGAUUAAUUUCGGCCUUUUACUUGAAAAUAUAAACUCUUCUACAUACGCAUUGGAGGGUUGGCCCUUCUUCUAGUCUUGUGGGUCUUCUAAACAGAAACACAGCUUGAAAGCCUGUAGUGAGCCAAAAGGUCGGGCAUCGAUCGAGGAGCAUGUACAAUGACAGUUCACUGGUCUCAUCUUAGCGUAGUAAAUCGCAUGUAAUGAUAAACGCAAGACCAGACGAAAGGAAAACGUAAGCUCCACAUUACUGCGGAAAAAAUCGCUUACAGCAAAGAAAGCAAUGGCCAACAGGACCAAAAGCGAAUUCACUUCAUCACACUGUCGAGUCGCUGCGAAGACGAACUUUGUUGUUGUUCCCAGCCCGUUUCGCGCACGCUCGCUACAGUUCUCGAAUGAUUGACAGAUUUCUUAACUGGGGCGAUCAUGGAAAGCCGAAAAGCGGCAAGAUCAAAGGCCGUUGCCAGCCCCCCCUGAAUGAAAUAUACCCACAUGGAAUUUUUUUUAUAUCACAUACAUUUAUAUGAUGCAAGAGUUAACAUUCAUGCCUAUAGAUAUUAAUGAAUUUACAAAAAAAUAUCACCCUUUGUGAUAUUUAUGUGACUUUAUGGUAUAAAGUGACGUUGUGACUUUAUGGAAUAGUCUGCCUUUAUUUAGACAAGCAGCUACUAUUGACAGACGUUUUAAGAGAUCACGAAAGCCUUAUUUAUUUACUAAGACAUAUAAUUAAUUUAUUAUAAAGAUAAUAACCUUUUAUUGAUAACAAAACUAACUAUUAAAACUUAUUUACAAUUAAUUUCGCGGAAGAAGAAAAAAUGUAUAUAUUAGGUCAAAGCACUAUUUACAAGUCAUGUCAUUUCAUAAGCUCCUGUUCAUUUCAAUUUAAAAAGAAUUCAUUUCAAUUAAAAAAAAACUUAUUUCAAGUAAAAAUCAAGACCUUCAACUCAUUUCUAAGGUCGAAAAGUAGAGAUACCACAAACAUUUCCAUACAGAUAAAUGACAGCAUAAUUAGCGACCAAAGAAAUGUAGCAGAAGUAUUUGGAGAUUACUUGUCAACAACGGCAAGCGAAAUUGAAGGCCAGCAUGUUCUUCAACUCGGCGAAGAAGGCCUCAACACGCUUGUAAGCGUGGAAGCAAUUUGCCAUUCUUAUCACAGUCUUCACUUUGAAUUCAACAAGUUAGACUCUUAUGUGCAGUCGAAAACAAGUUAAAGAAGCUAAAUACCCAUAACGCCAUGGGAUGGGGUGCCAUCUCCAAUAAAAUUCUGAAGCCAGUGUCCGCCAGCCUUGUGCCUUCAUUAACAAAUCUUUUUAAUACCGUAUUCAAAGUGGGCAGUGGCCGAGUAAUUCGAAGAGGGGAGUCUAGACCCCAGUUUUAAAAAGGAGGACAGGGCUGAUCAUACUAAUUACAGACCAGUAACAGUCCUGAAUGUAGUAGCAAAAGUGUUUGAAUCACUACUCGGCAAACAAAUCACAGAGAGAAUGGAUACCCGUCUGUAUCAUAAAUUGUCAGCUUACAGGAAAAUGCACAGCUGCAAGACCAACCUAAUCCUUGUAAGGAGGACUGGAGAAAAGCAAUUAUGGAUAACAAGGAAUGUGUAGCAGUUUUGUCAAUGGACAUGAGCAAGGCAUUUGACUCGUUGCAUCAUGCGCUUAUGAUUAAGAAACUUGAAGCCUACGGAUUCUCUGAUAUGUCCUUAGAACUAAUGCGUUCCUAUUUCACCGAGCGAAAAAACUGCAUUAAAAUUAACAAUAUGACAAGCACGUGGAAAGAUCAGUUAAGGGGUUGCCCGCAAGGUUCACCACUCGGUCCGUUACUAUGGAACUUGUUUCAAAAUGACUUAUCUCUGAAAGUACACACACAGUAACUUGUUCAUGUAUUCCGAUGACCAUUGGGUUUAUCAAAGUGGAUCUAAUAUCAAGGCUGUAAUCUCUGAACUCACAAAAGAAGCAGAAAAUGUAUCACAUUGGUACAAGCAAAUCUUCUCCAUGCCCAUCCCAAGAACUACCGAGUUUUAGCAAUGACCCCUCGAAACAUUGACAAAGAGGCAAAGGAUGAGUGUACCCUUGACAUUGAUAAUCAAAAACUCAAACAACAACUAAUCUAAGAAUUCUUGGAGUAAACAUAGACGAUGAGGUCAGUUUCACUGAACACAUUAGUGACAUCUCUAAGAAAGCGAGUAGGAAAAUAGGGGUACUAGCAAGACUGCGCAAUCUAAUCUCAUGCAUGACCAAGCUUCAACUGUACCUAACAGCAAUUCUUCCUCACCUGACGUAUUGCCAAACUGUAUGGCAUUUUUGUAAACAAUCUGAGAGAUGAAAGCUGGGGAGACUGCAAGAACGCGCUUUAAGAGCAAUUGAGAACUGUAGGACAGACACUUACGAAGAUCUUCUAUGCAGUUCAAACUUGCUAUCUCUCUACAAUAGGAGGCUUCAAGAGAUUGUAAUUUUAAUGUACAGAGUUAGAAAUGGUUUGGCCUCUGACUACAUAGGUGAACUUUUCAAUCUUGCAAACAAAGGAUACUCCUUAAGAAAUGCAGAUUUUGAUAUACCUCGUUACUCAACAGUAAGAUGUGGAAAACACUCAAUUAGCUACCUGGGCCCAUACCUUUGGUCCAGACUAUCCUCAAGUGAUCGACAGCGACCCUCGCUGGACAAUUUUAGACGGAACAUCAGAAAGAAAGACUUGACUUCUUUAGUUGAGGGCACGUGCACCAAUAUUGUAACUUAUUUAUCACUUCACCACUUUUGCAAUGGAAUUUUGUCACUUUUUAACUAAAUAAUUAUAAAUUCGUGAAUAUUUUAGACAUCAGUUCUUCUUAGAACUAAGUGGCAUUAAUUUUUUUUUAAUAGAUUUUUAUUAUGAACCUUUUAAAAUAGAUUUUUAUCACUUGUAACUUCUCUGUUUUAAUUAACCGAUUAAUUUUUUUUAACUUUGUAUUUGGAAUGUUCUUUUAGUGUCCUCAGUUAGCUAAUACAUCACUGAAUUCUCUCAACACUUAAAUAAAGUUCAUUCAUUCAAACAAUUCAUUUUGAUUAAAAAUGAAAUAAAAAAUCUUUUGCUUGUUUUUAUCAAUAUUGUUAUUAUUAUUUAUUAUUAUUACUUUUAAUCGUACAUUCAUUUUACUAUAGUAUUGUGCAUGAGAUUAUUUAAAUGAAAAAAACACAUAGGAUAUGUUUUCAUUGUGAUCAAUUAGUUAUUUUUAAUAUUUUAUAAUGAAUUAUUUUUAUGAACAAAACAACUCAACCUCGUCCCCAGGUCAUCUAGUAAACUGUCCAGUUUUCUGGCAAUUUUGCUGUAGAAUUGAUGUCAUUUUUCACCUAUUGCAACAGUAGCAGCUUAUAAUGAAUUAUCCGUGGGAUUUUAGCCAAUCAGAAAUGGAGAAGUGUUUUGAAUGAAUAAUAAAUAUUAUUAUUAUUAUUAAAACUGUGAAUUAUUAUAGUGCGGCUACUAUAACCGGGGCCAGUUAGACAAAUUUGACCAAUUGGAUUACAGGAAAAUAACAAUACAUGCCAAGAAAGUUGGUUGUGGGGCAACCAGUAGCCAUGGGUUAAUCAAAGCACAAAAUUCAAAAAUUGAUAGCAAAUGUUUUUCAAGAAUGCAGAAUGUUUCACCAGACUGUUUUUCUAUUUGAAACCUACAUAUAGCAACCAGGACACGUAUUCGUUUCACACAAGCUGUUAUUUUGUCAUUUACUAACAAUUUCUUUGCUAUCAUUGCUGUGCUUUGCUAUAACAUGCGCCCUCAAGAGAACACUUACUCCAAAGACUAAUGGACCUGUCAGGAAACCGUGCUUUCUUCAGCAGGUUCAAAAGGUCAUGUCUGUAGGUUGUAAUAGGUUAAUUUCGAUCCAUGUUGUUUAUUUUGUUUCGUGGUAAUUAUGAUUGAGACAACUUCCUCGGAAUCUAUUGUUAUUUUCCUGUAAUCCAAUUGGUCAACUUUGUCUAGGUGGCCCCAGUUAUAGUAGUCGCACUGUAAUGAGUGUUCAGGUUGUUUUAGGGCUUAUGAAGCGGUAUGCUCUUUAUGUGUCAUUG